UGUUUUAGGUGUUUGAUAAAACUGUUUUAAAAAAUGACACUUUGUGAUAUUGAUUUUCUGAGAAAAAAAGAUACUGACCAACCAGCAAGUGCUGAUCAAGAUUUGCAACCUUUUGAAUAUCUUUAUAUAGGAAACAUACCAUAUCAAUACAAAUCUUGUGCUCUUAGAUUUCACUUCUCGUCCUUUAUUGAGAGUUCAGCAUUUUCCUGUUUUCAUUAUAGGCAUAGGCCAGAAAUUGUCAACAUCAAAAAUUUAACUAAUAGAAAUACUAUUGAAAAAAAUACAGCUAAUGUGAACAAUGAUUUAUUUGUUACUGAAGAGUUAUUGACCGAUGAAAAGCAUCUCCUUAAUGAGAAUAAAGGCAAUAAAAUAUUGACUGAUGAAAAACAUCUCCCUAAUGAGAAUAAAGGCAAUAAAAUAUUGACUGAUGAAAAACAUCUCCCUAAUGAGAAUAAAGGUAAUAAAAUAAGCACGUGCUGUUGUAUCAUAAAAAUAUAUUCAGCUUUUGUUGAUAAAUUUAUUACAAAGUAUCAUGGGCGUUUGUGGAAAAAAUUUGAAUUAGAGCAUUCUCUUCGCUGCAUAGUAAAAAGAAUGAAAGUCUGUCGUGGUCCACUUGAUUCAAAUCAAAUGUUUAAAAGUAAAAGUGAAUUGAAGCUACAGUUACAUUAUGAAGAUCAGACAAUAUAUGAAAAUGAUCUUAAAACACUAAUUGAGUUUAACCCCCCAACUGAUUUUAUGCCUUAUGGCAAUGUAGGAACACCUACUAAAUAUUUUCACCACCUUAUACGACAGUGUAAACUACCUUGUAAUGUUAUAAAAUCUUUGGGAAUUGUGUUACCAAAGAGUUAUAAAGAAAAGAUAUAUUCUCGUGUUGAAAUUGACUAUGAUGAAUAUUUCAAAAAAAGAAAUUUUUGUUCCAACAUUAAACACAAAACAGAAUUUUAUUCAGCGAAAGAUUCAGACAAUUCAGAUUCAAAAGGUUCAGAGCAUACAAAUAAAGAUAUUUCUAAUGGUAUAACAAAUAAAAAUUUCAAAUCAGCAGAAAAUUCUGAUACUGUAAAUGAAGAAGAUGAUGCAGAAGAUUGGGAACGAUUUGAAGCUUUGUACGAUGAUAUUGAUAAUCAAGCAAGACCAAAAGAAAAAUUGUUCGAGGAGGAUCUAGAAGUGAAGUGGGAAAAAGGUGGAAGUGGGUUGGUGUUUUAUACUGAUAGCUAUUUUUGGAAUGAAAUGAAGGGAAAAGAUUUUGAUGAAGAUACUGUGGAUGACUGGGAUGUUGACUACAGUGUUUACUACGAAGAUGGAGCUGGUGACAAGCCUGCACUCGACCAGUUGCAGAUGCGCAUUGAGAGUCGUAGAAGAGCUGGAAAAGACGUAGGGCCUAUAAAGUAUUCUGAAAUAAAGAAACAAGAACAGUUAAAUCAUAAAAAGAUGAACUCUUUUGCUGAGUUUGAAAAACACUCAAAAGGCAUCGGCACUAAAUAUCUUAAACAACGCGGAUGGAAAAUAGGAAGUGGAAUUGGUGCGUCAUUUCAAGGAAUAACCGAACCGAUUGCUCCCAGCGGACAAAGUGCACGUGAACAUAUUGGACUUGGAUAUUAUGGAGAAAAACUUGACAGAAGUGUCAAUUUAAAAAGAAAAGCAGAACGUGACGUUUAUAUUUCAACUAUAUAUGAUCAAAAAGAUCGUGAAAAUUUAAAUGCAAUGCGGUUUGAAGGCAAUGAGUUGCUUAAGUAUAGAACACCUCCAAUACAUUUUGAAAAAGAAAAAAAGAUGAUAAAAAAAUGAAUUAUAAUAAUUAAAAACUUAACAUUUAUUUUCUAA